AUGGCGUUUCUUUUCAAGUCCAAAAAGAAUCACGAUAGAGGGCUAGGCAGCCGAGAUGGUCCAGCAUCGGGAUCGGUAUCGUCAACUCAGAGCGCGACAGCCCGCGUCAGGGACGAGAAGGGUUCCCGAUCAACACCUACCGGCAGCUUGAACUCCCUCGACAAUGACGGCAGCGUAGGCAGCCCAGAGCAACAGAACUAUGGCCGCCCACGAGGCCAGACCCUGGAAGGGCAGCAUCAACAUCAACAACAGCAACAGCAACAACAAGCGCCCUCGCAGAUGCAGUCCCGGGACCCGCAGCAACAGCCGCCUAGUGAUCUUCCUUUUCGCAAUGGCGCAAACCCGAACCCGAUGCCAAUGGCAAACCCCAACGCUUCGCUUUACCCAUGGUCGCAAAGGAGGUUAACGUAUACGACGUCGCAACCGAGCCCCUUUCCCCGAUAUGGCGCCGCUGUCAAUUCGGUAUCGUCUAAAGAGGGCGAUAUCUAUGUGAUGGGCGGCUUGAUCAACAGCUCGAUGGUCAGAGGUGACCUAUGGAUGAUUGAAGCUGGUGGGAGCAUGGCCUGCUACCCCCUUGCGACGACGGCAGAGGGCCCAGGUCCAAGGGUUGGACACGCAAGUUUGCUAGUCGGAAACGCGUUCAUUGUGUUCGGCGGAGACACCAAAAUCGAUGAGUCCGACGUCCUCGAUGAGACGCUAUACCUCCUAAAUACCUCCACGCGACAAUGGUCAAGAGCUCUGCCGGCCGGUCCACGACCUGCGGGUAGAUAUGGACAUACUCUUAAUAUUCUAGGAUCCAAGAUCUACGUCUUCGGUGGCCAGGUAGAAGGAUACUUCAUGAAUGACUUGGCUGCUUUCGAUUUGAACCAGUUACAGAUGCCCAACAACCGCUGGGAUAUGCUGAUAGCCACCACAGAGCCUGGAACUCCUCCACAGGGGAAGGCUCCUCCUGCUAGGACAAAUCAUUCCAUGAUCACUUUCAACGAUAAGAUGUACUUGUUCGGAGGUACGAACGGUUUCCAAUGGUUCAACGACGUUUGGUGCUACGACCCGACAACUAAUGUCUGGACUAUGCUCGACUGUAUCGGAUAUAUCCCCGUACCGCGCGAGGGUCAUGCCGCUGCCAUUGUUGACGAUGUCAUGUAUAUCUUUGGAGGCCGUACCGAGGAAGGAGCGGAUCUCGGUGACUUGGCAGCUUUUCGGAUCACCUCUCGCCGCUGGUAUACGUUCCAGAACAUGGGCCCUUCGCCCUCCCUCGAUCCGACCAUUGUGGUUGUGGGUGGAGAGCCAAGCUCUGCUACGGCAGCUGUUAAUGACCUCGCCUUGGUUUACUGUCUAGACACGACAAAGAUCCGAUACCCAACUGAUUCCGCAGGCAAUCCUGGUGCUCCAAGGAACGCGGCAAGGCGGCCAAGUAACGCAACUCCUCCAUCUUUGAACCAGAACUUCCCACCUCGAGACGGUUCUUCGGGUCCCCCUAAUCAGAGACGAUUAGUCGGACCACCUGGGGAGGCUGGCACCACUAACCCGCAGAACGGAUUCAGAGGCCCCCAAAUCCGAUGGACCAGGCGGGACCACGAGGUCCCACUCAUGGGCCUCCUAAUGGCCGGCCCUCCCCCUCAAGGCCAACCCCCAAGGCCAGGUGUGAACCCAGCAGUCGCCCGAGCAAGGAACGCCUCCGCAGACAGCAGGGCGGACUCCCAUCAGGGCUCUCCUGCACAAUCCCCGAUUAUUCAACAAGCCCCGGUUGUCACCCAAAGCGAGAGUUCAGGUUCUGUAGGAAGACAAACACCAACUCAAAACACACCACGCUCGGCAUCAUCUGCGUCAAGGCAGGCGGAGCCCCCUGCUGCUGAAACGCCCAAGUCCAAGCCUCUGAAGCAAGCCCGCACACAAGGAUCGGUCGAUAGCUCAACGGAUGCAACCCUGAAGCAAGUGGCAACAUCGGCUACUCGUCCGGCUUCUCCACCGGCUCCUACUACCAGGCUGAACAGCAAUUCUGUCAACCGAAGGUCAUCGCAGCGGAACUCGCAAACAGUGGUACUUUUGAAGGAGCUAGACGCAGCAAGGAAUCGUAAUGCCUGGUAUGCUUCGGAGUUGGAGUUGGCACGUAAAGCCGGUUAUGUGCCCACCGCCUCGAUGAGCCCAGCACUAGAUCAACGAGCGGCGGAGACAUUUGACGACGAGGACAGGCCUUUGAUUGAAGCUUUGCUUGCCAUGCGCACUGAACUUGCCAACGUACAGAGCUCAGUAGACAAGCAGGCGGUUCUUGCUGCUAAGCAAAUUGCCGAGGCCGAGCGGCAACGAGAUGUUGCCAUCCAGGAAGCGAUUUAUGCCAAGGCAAAACUUGCAGCGCAGGGAGGAAGCGCCAGGAGCACACCCCAGCUCGAUACCGAUAAGGAUGGGAGCGACCGUGUGGGUGAGAUGAGCAGGAAGCUUGCCCACGCCUUGAAUGUCCAGAAAGAGCUACAGGACCAAGUAGAUCGCCUAAAAAUCGACCUUGAUGCCGAGAAGAAGGCCAGAAAACUGGCCGAUGAUACGGCCAGUGCUGCUCAGAAGAGGAUGGCGGACCUGGAGCACUAUAAGCAGAGGAAUUCCGGCGAGGUAGAGCAACUCAAGGCUGAAUUGCAUAUGCUACAACGGCAGGCAAGAGAGGCUGAAGUCGCCGCCUCGGAAUUUGAAUCUACAGCGCAAAUGCUCCGUCUUGAGAAGGAUGAACUGGAAAACAAGUAUAACGAGGCUGUCGGUAACUCUAAGCAAAGCGUCGAGACAUUCCAGUCCCUGCGGGAAGCGGUAGCUGCAACAACUGAAAUGAGAGAGACGCUGGAAAGGAAGCUUGAUGAAGAGCGUGCACUCCGGGAGGACAUUGAGGCAACAUUGAACAAGCUCAAGGCUGAGCGUGAGGUCCAGGCUGCUGAAUUAGCUAAUGUUACUCAGCGCCUGAGAGACGCCGAAGAACGAGCCGAACGCCAUGCCAAUGAGGCGCGUGUCCACCGUCAAGCUGUACUCGCCGGCUUGGACAAGGUGUCGACAAUGGAGAACCAUAACCUCGCCAAGGGCGACAUCGACCGCACAUCUGCCCUUCAAGGCCAGCUAAGCGCCGCUAAUGCCCUGGUGAGGAAGUACCAGCAGGAGGCUGAUUCUGCCUCGGAUAAACUUCGGGGUGCAGAGGAACGCAUUGCUGGACUUGAGGCCUACCAAGAACAAGCCAGUCGUGAGGGCGUCUCGAUCCGCAGGCAACUGCAGAGUUGCCUAAGAGAAACUCAAUCUCUUCAGGCCGCCAACUCGGAUCUCAAGCAGCAACUAGCCAAGCAACAACUGGAAACCAAUGCCGUCCUGGUGCAACACAACACGCUCAAGGAUAUCCUCACUGAACGUGGUAUUUCACCCACCAGCGUAAACCGCCAUAGCCGACUCGGCAGCUCACGUGAUGGUACCCCGGAGCACAAGGACAUGCGUUUGCGCGAACUGGAACAACAGCUUUCCGCCGCACAAGCAACGCACGAGGAAACAAAGGCGGCAGCGGCUAAGCAAGCGCAGGAAGCGGAGACGACGUAUCGUGACAAGCUUGCCCAGCUCGAUAAUGACUACCAGUCAGCCGUGCACUAUGUCAAGGGUACCGAGAAGAUGUUGAAGCAGCUUAAGGAGCAGUUGACACGCUAUAAGACGGAGAACUCUCGGCUUAAGGAACAGGUUGUUGAGCUGGAAGACAAGGUCGGAGGCGAAAAUGGUGACAGCGGCACGCCUGCUGAUUGGGAGGCUGAGCGUGCAUCGUUGCAAGGGCAAGUCAGCGAGCUUCAAGCUGAGCUACAGAGGACGGCAUCUCAACUCGAUCAACAGCUGAAGUCCCUUCGUGAAGAGCUUCAAGAUGUCCGCCGGGAACGCGAUUCAGCGGCUCACUCCAGCGAGGACGCCAGCCGUCGUCUUGAAGCGACCAAGAAGGACCUCGAGGAGUUACAGCACGAGAACGCCCUUUUGGAGCGCCGCGCCCGCGAUGCGGAGCAGAAAGUCAGCACACUGCUUGAUCAAGUAGAGAUGAGCGUCGACAACUACCGCAGACGCAGCCGGCAAGUUCCGAACGAAACGAUCGGGGCCGCGAUGACGCCCAUCGGUCCUCCGAAUGGAAUAGGACAUGCCCGGCACGAGUCCAGCGAAGCCGAAAGUAUAUACGGGCCCGGUCCCGACGCCAGAGAUAGCGUCGCGCUCGAUCACCUGACCAGCGAACUCGAGACGUUACGGAGCCGUUGGGAAGCUAACAGCAAGAACUACCGACACAGCAACGCGUUCGACUUUGAAGGACUCGGCACUCCUACCUCAGCUCCUCCUAGGAAAGGCGACGGUACUCCCGGUCUAAGGCGAAAGCAUGGCGGAUUGGAGGAAGAAAAACUUCGACGACAGUCACCUUGA